UUGCUUCCUUCAUCGUCAAAAUAGAAAACGCAACGCAAAGGAAAAGAGAUAAAAUGGCACUGCCGACGAAAACUGGCAAUUUCUGAGAUCUCUCUGGCCUAAAACCGCAGAAAAAUAUACCCAAUAUCAAAGACCCUGUGUUGAUCCGGGACACCGAAGAAUGGUUGCUGUCUACGCACUCUGAUUGGUCACCGAAAGCCUUAUUUUGCCACUCCUUCCAAAGUCGAGCCUUACUGUUCGCCUUAGCCUCAGUACAUAACUACUUCCAGCCUUCAAAAUGCCCAAUCUCGGAGAUGAAUUCCCCAACUUUACCGCGGAUUCGACCAUUGGGACAAUCAACUUCCAUGAUUUUAUAAAGGAUUCAUGGGCGAUUCUUUUCUCCCACCCUGCAGACUACACCCCUGUCUGCACCACAGAGCUUGGGCGUGUUGCGCAACUUGAACCAGAGUUCAAGAAACGUGGCGUCAAGAUGGCUGGGUUGUCUUGUGAUGAUGCAGAAUCUCACCGUGGCUGGGUCAAGGACAUAACCAAGUAUAAUUUGGAACAGAAUAAGUCAUCUGCUAAGUUCAACUACCCUAUCAUUGCCGAUGAGAGGCGUGAACUUGCUGUCAAGCUGGGUAUGGUUGAUCCGGAUGAGAAGGAUUCCAAGGGCCUUCCUCUGACAUGCAGGGCUGUUUUUAUCAUUGGCCCUGACAAGAAGUUGAAACUGUCUAUUUUGUACCCUGCCACAACUGGCCGCAACUUUGAUGAGAUUCUGCGUGUGAUUGACUCCCUGCAGCUCACAGCUACCAAGAAGGUGGCAACACCCGUGGACUGGAAGCUUGGAGGUGAUUGCAUGGUCAUCCCAUCUAUCAAGCCAGAGGAAGAAGGCACCAUCUUCCCAAAGGGUGUACGCGCCUUAGACCUCCCUUCAGGAAAACGCUAUCUCCGCUACACCCCACAGCCUGAGUAACUAUUCUCCUACAACUAUGGAUGUUGAUACUGCACCCCUCCUGGAAUUGACAAAGCCUAUGAGAUAUGCCACACUGCUAGUAGUUGUUACCUGAUUUUGUGUCUUUGCAAAAUAGCCUUAGCGAGGUUUAUAAACCGUUUUUUCAAUUAAGGUUGCACUAAGAGAAUCCAUGUGUUGCUUUUUGGGUGAUAUAAAUGACAAAAUCCUGAUCUCUGAAAUCUAUUUGUCUGGAUGUUUUGGUGUCCAGAUACUGUACCUGGAUGAGUUUGUAAUAACGCUAUUUGUGCUGUAGGUUUGGUGAGAUGGAUUCUUAGAGUACAACCUUGUUUAAAAUAGUUGCAUACCUAGUCACCAGUAAUCACAUAUGCAAAAAAGCGAAUUUGUUUAUAUCCUGUUGUAGUAUAAAAUAAAUGAGAAGUUUUCAA